CGGAAUUUCGCUCUUUCCAUCGCUUCCCUUCUUUCUCUGAAGCACUGGACAGAAACCCUGAGCCAUGGUAUCCGAUUUUGGCCCAACCCAGGAUGGCCUCGACAUCGAUAAGCUCGUGGAGGUCGGAAGGCUGAUCCAGAAAAGCAUACAGGUAGUCGUCGAGGAGCAUUACAAAGCGCCGGAGCCUGCCGAGAGCAGUAUCCCGUCAUGGCCCAUGUACGAAGCUCAGAGAAACAUUAUCGCUGGGACCGGGGUACUAUUGGAAUUGAUAUCCGACCCAUCCCUGCGCCUCAUGGAAUAUUCAGGGCAAUACUGGGAGUCCAGGGCUCUUGCAAUCGCAGUGGCGAAACACAUCCCGGAUGUCCUGAGCAACGGGCCUCUCCCCCUGGAGCAGCUAUCCAACAUCACUCGGAUUGAAAGCCGGAAAUUGGCACGAGUCCUCCGGUGCUUAUGUUCGAGCCACAUAUUCAGCGAGCCAGAGACAGAGGUAUUCGCCAAUAAUCGAAUUUCCCGCGCCCUGGUUCAAAAUGAGCCGCUAAGCGCGUAUAUCCUGAUGUUCCAUGCAGACCUUUUCUCCUGCGCUGAGCACUUGCCGAGUACCCUAUUCGACGAGGAGAUGGGCCCAUCCUAUGACGUUAAGAAGACUGCUUUCCAGAAAGCCCUACGUACCGACAAAAGUAGGUGGGAAUGGCUGGAGGAGCCCCCAUCCAACGACGAAAAGAAGCCAAAGACGUGCAUCUCCAACUAUCCCGGUAUCCCGGGCUAUGAGAAUACAAGUCGGGGUGAUUCUCCCUUUGAACGACAUCGGCCGGAGCUGCCUCUUUUCAGUAUGGCGAUGGUGGGCGGCGGAAGAGUAACUACGCGCGCUCAUCUUCACGAUUAUCCGUGGCACGAAUUGGGGUCUGCAGCAAUUGUCGACGUAGGAGGUGGUGUCGGUGGCUUCAUGAUCCAACUGAGUAAAAGAUUCCCACUUCUCAACUUUAUUAUCCAAGACUGCUCCUCCAACAUGCGCUUGGCUGAGAUGGAAGUGUGGCCGAAGGAGAACCAUGCAGCCCUUGAGGAAGGAAGAGUCAAGUUCAGGGUACAUGACUUCUUCACCUCGAACCCGGUACAAGGUGCUGAGAUAUAUUGGCUGCGUUAUAUCUUGCAUGACUGGGAUGACGAAAGCUGUGUCCAAAUUCUGUCCGCAAUCAGGGCCUCUAUGGGCCCUGAGUCUCGGAUUCUGGUCUGUGAGCAAAUCAUGGAUACUACUACCAAGCAAUCGCCGACUCAAUCUCCUCUCCCUCCGAACUUUGGAGUGUUUAAGAGAUACAGUCACCAAAGAGACCUUGAUGUAAUGUCUAUUAUCAACGGAAUCGAGAGAACCCCAGCCCAGUUCGAGUCCCUGUUCCAGAAGGCAGGCCUCGUCUUGAAGAAGAUCUGGCCUUGUCGGAGCCAAGUAUCUAUUCUGGAAGUAGUCCAGAAGGACUGA